CACUCCGGGGGGAGAAAGUGUUGCUUUGUGAAUGAAGGGAGCGGCGGAAGGGGAAGAAAGCAAACUUUUAAAAAAGACCCCCAAAAAACGCCGUCGUUUUCCUCCACGUUUCGGCGUCAAAAAACUUCCACAGCACAGACGGAGUAACGACGCUGCUCCAUGAUGAUGAUGUUCACUUUGCUGUGUCUGCUCGUGGUGGCGCUGGUUCGAGGCGAGUCCUGCCUCAUAAUCAGCGAGAUUAACGCCGACAACCCAAGACUGGACACCAGCGAGUUUGUGGAGUUGUACCACACCAGCGGACAGCGGUCCUCGCUAGAUGGAUACACUCUCGUCUUCUAUAACGGGAACGGAAAUGUGGCUUAUAAAGUACUAGACCUCAAGGGCCACAGCACAGACGACAGGGGCUUCUUCCUGGUGGGCUCGGUGGACAUGCUGCCCAAACCCGCCAUCCUCCUGCCCCCGAACACGGUCCAGAACGGUCCGGACGCAGUCACGCUCUACCACACGUCCGCGGCCCGCUACACUGAGAAGAUGAACGUCACCGCCAUGGGAUUGGUGGACGCCGUUGUUUAUAUGACGCGCAGGACAGGCGGUGCCGAGGUCCUGGCAGAAACCCUCACCCCGGGGGAGCCGGCCUUUGUCGAGGAUGAAAGCACCCUGGAGGGAGAUGAAUCCAUCGAGAGGUGUUUGUUGUCUGAAGCUCACUGGGGCUUCAGGGUGUCCUCACCCUCCCCGGGCCAGAGAAACAACUGCACGCCACCCGCUGCCCCGCCAAGCCUGCCAGUCAUCACCGAGCUGAAGCUGGGAGGAGGUCAGGUGGACGGCUUCGUGGAGCUGACGUCGGCGUCCGAGGCCGGUCCGCUUGUGUUGGUGGUGUUGAGCGGGAGAACGGACAGAGUCAGCGUCAGUUUGAACGUGGAUGCGAACAUCUCCAGGAACGGACUCAUCGCCAUGACUGUAGACAAGCGGUAUAUGAAAGGAGAUGAGUCCGGGGCAGUCGCCAUAUACAGCGGUACAACUUCAGACUUUCCUGUGGACAGCCCGCUAAGUCAGAUCCAGCCUCUGGACUCGUUUGUCUUCGCCGGCCCGGGAGACAAGCCGAGUGCCAACCUCACGGAGACCCUCAUCCCGGGCAGGCAGCCCUAUCAGCUCAGCAACAGUUUAAAAGAGGGAGGCUUCUACCUCAGCCGUUGUGGUGUGGCCACGUGGACCAGAGAUCCUGGCGUCUUCUGGGAGGCCCCGCAAACCCCGGGGCAGCCCAACCAGUGCCCCUGGCCAAAAAUCUGCCCUCACAGUAUGGUGGUUCCAGGAGGAGGUGCGGAUACGUCCCCGCACCUUCCACCUUGGGGGACUGGUGACUUCCUGAUCAACGAGCUGAACACGGACACCCCCGGCGCGGCUGAGGACGGCGAGUACGUGGAGCUGUGGCACCCAUCCGGACACCGCGUCUCCCUGCAGGGCAUCUGGAUUCUGCUUUUUAGCGCGCACAACAACAAACCCUACAGAGAGAUUAGCCUCAGCGGACACUUCACCACCGCCAAGGGCUACUUCCUGCUCGGCAGCGACAGACUGGUGCCGGCGCCUUCUCUCCGGCUGCCUCCCAACACCAUCCAGAACGGACCGGACGCCGUGGCGCUGUACCGCAGCCCUUUCGGCCCGCCGUCGGCGCAGCAAAGGGGGAUCCCCACCAAAGGGCUCCUGGAUGCCGUGGUGUACCGCAAGAUGGGAUCGGAUCAGGAGGCGCAGGAGUUGAGUAAGGCGCUGACGCCGGGACAGCUUCCCCUGCUGGAGGAUCCAGAGGUUCUUCUCGGCGAUGAGGCGCUCAGCCGCUGCAGGGGCCUGUACCCCUAUGACCUGUCUGCAUUUUCAGUAGCUCCGCCAACUCCGCUGAGGGAGAACAGCUGCCCCCGGCCUCCUCCGGCUCCCGAGGGCGUGGUCAUCAACGAGGUGGCGAGUGGCUACUGGACCAAUCACAGCAGGCAGAGGUCCUUCGUGGAGUUGCACGGACCCCCGCUGACCGAGCUGCAUGGCCUGGUGCUGGUCGUGUUUGACCAGGAACACAGCGGCAGGCUCGUUGCUCUUCCUCUGACCGGAUCUAUCGACCAGGACGGGUUUUACAUGGUCGGGAAUGUCACCGGAGCGGAUCAGACUUUCCCCGAAGGCAGUGAUGUGCCGGCACGAGGAUCUGUCCUCCUGUGCUACGACCUGUUCAGCGUGUGCAGAGCUGCUACCGCCCUGACCAACUCCAGUCGGCGGGACGAGUUGAUGUUCAGUGACGUCCAACUGCUGCUCUCUUCGACGUUCACUCGAGGGAGCCGGGUCAUUCCGGCUCUCAGGUCAGUUGAAAACGGCACGGUCUCUCUCAGCCGCUGUGCGUGCUGCGAGGCGAGAAACCCUUCUUCCUGGACCACAUCUUCAACGACGCCUCGCAGCGCCAACAUCUGCCCCAGCUUGGCCUUCUCCAGUCACAUCGACAUUUGCCUCGGACCACCGUCCAGCGGCUGGCCGGAGAAAUCGGGAGACUGCAGUGGUCUCAUUCUGGCGAGGAAGGUGGCACAAGUGGCCCACUAUCUGGAGCAGCAGUGUCUUUGUGGAAUAUCCACUUUAUCUCUCCAAGGGGCCAACUUCUCGUGCGUGUCCGGCUGGUUGCGAGUGUGGGGAAACAUCCGGGCCUUCUCGGACCGCCAGAGGGACCUCAUCAUCCAGACAUCCACCGUGAAGCUCCGCCAGUCAGAUGUUUGCUCCACACCCAGCACUGAUCGCCGCACCAGCACAGGGUCCAGCCUGGGUUUACAAAUUGGUCUGGUAGUCGCUGUGCUCCUGCUACUCGCAGUUGGAGUAGCUCUCCUCACGUAUUUCUAUAAAAGAAGGCAUCCUCUGGAUUACGCCACCAUGGAGCUGAGUGAGCACGGGGAGGGACUCUCAGAUCUAUAGUCCAGGAAUAAUCCAAGAUUCCUUUGAGUUGUCUUUAUGUGAUCGUGUGUGGGAUCACUGAUGAAAAUGAGCUGUAUAGAGAAUAUUUUUAUAAAGGUCAUUGUUUGUGAAGAGUACUGGUUACUACUAUGAAGAGGAAAGAGGUUCUAAAGGGAGUGGGUGUGGGGAGGGGGUGAAUUUCAAUGGUAAUACUUGAGACAAAUGGUUAUUGUUCUUUUUUGUGUGAGAAAAAGCCUUUAAAAUGAUUUUUGUUUUUUUUCUUUUAAAAAUUGCAGUGGAAAGUUCUCUGCAUUGAACGGGCUUUCCUUUUUUUAAUUCUUACUUAGUGUCGUACAAUAAACCUUCUUAUUGGCGGGGGGUUAGAAACGGAGAAACGCCACAAAAACUUGCGAAUAGUAGAAAAAAAAAUUAUUGCUCAUAUUAGUUUAAAAUGUCAAAUUCAUUUUUUGUUGCAAGCCACAUGGUAGUUGUGGUUUCCCUCAGAGGGACGUUUUAUGAAAAUCAUAUAAAUGUAUAAUCACAUGAUCAUAUUAUACAAUUGCCCCUGCAUUCCCUUAUUCUUAUAUAUAAUUUUCACUAUCAAUUGAAUUUGAAAUAAGAAGUCCUGGAAAAUAGUAACGUUGCAUCUGAUGUUAGCGUUUAGGAAGGCAAACGUUAGCUUCCAAUCUUAGCUUCAAAGUUUGCUUCAACGUUAGCAUUGACAUUAGCCUCCAAUGUUAGCUUACAACAUUACCUCUAAUAUUAAAGUUGAACAUUUUUCAAGUGGAGGCGCGGUGCUGCGACGGCAUAUGCCCACCUUGCGGGUCGUUCUGUCGUCUUGCCGCGCAUUGUGAAAGGCCUUUUGUUUUGUUUUUUCUUCCGAUGGUAGCUAUCAAUGUUAGCUUCUGAAUUUAGCUUCCAACCUGGUGUAGUGCAUCAAAUAUGAUCAACCAUGACCCUCAUUGCUUAGCUACGUGCGUGCUUCGUUGGGUCUUGCCAAGAUUUUCCUUGUUUUUAAAUGUGAACGUGUUACGAUUACCACUUUUUUAUGCUCACUUAAAGCAACUUGUUUACAUUUUCUUAACUUGACCUUUACAUUUUCUUGACUUGACCUUGAUGUGGACGGCAUUUCUCUUAUGACGGUUAUUUACUUCAGUAUGAGAAGUGGGAUUUUAUUUCAUUUUUAUGUUGAUAGCGCCUCAGAAAUGGUCAUUGUUCCUCGUGUUGCUUUUAGCUUAAACCCUCAUUUGUUAGAGGAACAGCUGCAGUAUAAAUGGAAGUACAAAUGUUCUUGUUUUUUAGAUUCUAUAAAUAAAAUAGUAUUUAAAGUGAUUACACAUAUUCCUAGGCAAGAGUAUUAUUAGUACAAAUGUUAUUCGAUUUGGAUUUGGAUUUAUUAGGGCCACACAGAAAAAGGUAAAAUUAUCAGAAAAUAAGUUGUAAUGUUAGGAGAAUUGCAUUGUAAUAUUAGCAUAAAUGCAGGUAAGUAAAUAAUAAAAUCUAUUUUCUCAGAAAUCGGUCUCGUAUUACUAAUCUUGAAAAAUUAAAAACAAAAUCUGUUAAUAUUAUGACAUCAUUCCCAUAAGAAUUAUAUUGGCUUCAUGAAGUUAUGAAUAUAUUAGUCAACAUUUUUUGCACAAUAUUAUGAAUUUAUUCUCAUAAUAUUAUGGUGAUCUUGUAAAAGUUGCAUAAAAUUUGGAUAUUCUCAUAAGCUUUUCUCAAAGUAUUAUGACUAUUAUCAAAAAACAAACUUUUUUCAUAACAUGAAUUUAUGCUAGUAAUAUUAUUAUAUUAUUGUAAAAUUACAACUUUAGCCUAAAAAUUAUUAUUAUUUUGUAAGCUUUUUUUUAUAUUACUAUUUUACUGUCCUAGUGUUAU